AGGUAGUCGCUCUUCAUCUUCGUCUUCUCGCUAUUGACCAUCGCCCGAAACUCCCAAGGAUUGAGUUGGCAUAAGCCGCUCGCCAUAGAGUAGAGCUGAAGUGAAAGUAAGUCGAGCUCUCUAGUCAACACUCCAUCGCAUGGUAGCUAGUUUAAUGCUUCUUCGAAGAGAACAAUAAUAUCAUCAAGAGCUGACUAUACAAAACUGCUACUUGUUGUAAUUGUAGGGUCGACCAGGCACAUCCACGGCACCAUGACAGCGUCUGAUCCGGGUAUCUCCGCUUUCACACUGUACUACAUGGACCACCCGUUUUGGCGGGCCGAGUGUAUUCGCCUCGCCGUGCACAUCUAUCUAGCGAAAGGCAAGCAGCUUCCCUUUGAGUACAAGGACGCGCGCGUGAAUGGCCGGGCCCUCCGGGAAAGCGGCAAGCCCGUCUUCGGCCAGAUGCCGGUUGCCGGAGUGGUGUUUGCAGCAGACGACUCCAAGCAGGAACACAUCCUAGCUGAGGUGCAGGCGAUUUGUAGCUUUGUUGGAAAGCAAAUAGGGUUUUAUCCCACGGCAAAUCCAUGGGAGAUGGCAAAAAUGGACGAAGCUUUCGGAGGCCUCACUAGCGCAACAGAUCUAAUCUCGUCCACGAUGGGAAUUCAGCCACCGGAACGAAAAAUCCAAGUGCGGCAGAGCAUUUGUGAUCUCGAGGAGGGCCGGCUUACACAGUUCGUCGGCGGCCUGGAAACCCUUCUGCAGAAAGCGAAUGGUAAGCACCGGAACUGAAACAGAAAGCCUCCUUCAUGAAAAUGCUGGUACAUCAACAUCACGCAUCUGUCGAUCGCUUGAUUUUCAACAUACAGAGAGAAGGAGCUUUGUGCGUUGUCUCUAGUCAACAUAAAAUUUCUUACCCCACCAGGUACUGCUACCAAUCAAGUCGUCUUUGUGCCAUCAUUCGGGCUUUCGAUAGUGGACCUUGCAGCAUGGCGAUUUGUUGGUUGGGUGAGUAGUGGAAUUCUCGAUGGUAUCCCAACGAAAUGGGUGCAGGAGUCUUUCCCGUUGCUGUGGCAAGUUCACCGACAAGUUGACAGCAUGCCGGAAACGCAAAGCUGGAAAGGCAAGCAUUCAAAGUUUUACUCAAACUCCUAAACGAACAAAAGCAACAGAUCGUCGGCUGUAUAGGUGAAGGUGCGCACUUCUUGUUGGCCACUUUUUUAUAAAUCCGAACUCACGAAUUCGAAUCAGAAUAAGAAUGUGAAUGACAUCUUGACGCUCGUUCGCACCCUCGUAGCGGGGGACCACGAGACGUAAAAAUUAGGGCUGAAGGCGGGAUCUUCAAAAUGGAUAGAAAUCAAUAGAACUGUUGAAUAGCGAAGAUCGAAAAUGGAAGAAAUCUUGGUG